CUCUCUCUUCUUCUCCUUCUUCUAUUAUUCAUGAACACCUUACUGAAAAAAGAUCAUCUUCCUCUCUAGUCCUUGUUUUGAUCUUCAUCCAAACUCUUUCUCUCAUGGUCAUGGACUCCUCCUCAGAGAAAGAAGAUCUAGUAAACCACUCCCUUCCAUCCUCCACCUCCGACCACCACCACCACCACAACCAACAAGAACAACAACAACAGAGAAGUACUAGUACUCUCAAGUGGUUCAUCACCAUGAUCAUGAGCUUAAUUUGGCAACCAUUUCAAUGGCUAAGCAUGCUAUGUAGAGAACUCAACACCAGCUUUGUGUUGGGCGUGCUUCUGGUCUAUGGCGUCAGCCAAGGCUUUGCCGGCUCCUUCUUCCGUGUGGUCACGGACUUCUACUGGAAAGAUGUCCAGAAACUGCAGCCAUCCGCCGUUCAAAUGUUCAUGGGUUUCUAUUACAUCCCUUUGAUUAUGAAACCAAUCUGGGGUCUCCUCACUGACGUUUUCCCCAUCUCCGGCUAUCGCCGCCGGCCUUACUUCAUCAUUGCCGGUCAGCCUCUCAUUUCAUCUUCUCUCUCUUUUGGGACAUCGAUUAUAAUUGCAACACAUGAGAAACUAUCAAUCCCUGCAGCAUUGGUUUGCCUGGUGGGCAUGGUUGCAGCUGUUGCCAUCGCCGAUGUGACCAUUGAUGCAUGCAUAGCUAGGAACAGUAUUGAGAAACCUGAGUUGGCAGCAGACAUGCAAAGCCUUUGUGGUUUUGUCUCAUCUAUUGGCGCCUUAGUCGGUUAUUCAACCAGUGGUAUUUUCGUCCACAAACUCGGACCUCAGGCAGCGUUGGGAUUGAUGGCCAUGCCUGCAUUGCUGCUCAUCUUGUUAGGUUUUGUGAUCUUUGAGUUAAAAGCAAGACUACAUCCCUCUGAGAAGAAAAAUGCAUUAGAUAAGGCCAUGGUCGCAGUGAAAGGGAUGGGGAGGACGGUACGUUGUGCGCAGGUAUGGAAACCGUCACUCUAUAUGUUCCUCUCAUUGGCUCUCAGCUUCAGCACCCACGAAGGCCACUUCUAUUGGUACACAAGCGCUAAAGGUGGUCCUGCAUUUUCGCAGGAAUUCAUAGGAAUUAUAUAUGCCAUAGGAGCCAUAGCCUCCAUAGUUGGAGUUGUCAUCUACCACAAGUUCUUGAAGGAGUAUCCCUUCCGAAAGCUCCUUUUUUACGUUCAAAUCCUCUAUGGCAUCUCCGGCAUGCUCGAUCUUGCCUUCGUUCUUCGGUUGAACCUCCGGCUUCAUCUUGCUGAUUCUCUGUUCAUCAUCAUUGAAGAAUGCUUCUCUCGCAUUAUCGGCCGUGUUCGGUGGAUGCCGAUGAUGGUUCUUAGCACAAGGCUUUGUCCUCUUGGCAUUGAAGGGAGCUUCUUUGCUCUUCUAAUGUGCAUAGAUAGUGUAGGAUCUUUAUUGUCCAAGAUUGUGGGAGCUCUUGUUCUGCAUGCUUUGCAUGUCACACGUACUGAUUUUGACAACCUUUGGUUGGCAGUGUUGAUAAGGAAUUUGUUAAGGUUUGGGAUUUUGGGGUUGAUUUUUCUUAUUCCUGAUGUGAAUCAGAAUGAGGUUUUGAUUUCUGAAGAGGUGGUUAAGGUUCAUGAUGUUGGGGAUGAGGAAAUGGAGAGCUUGCAACUUGUGAGAAUGGAGGGGAAGGAACAGGUGGUUGAGAUUUAAUUUAUUUAUACUACGUUCUACUAUUUCACUAUAUGUAAAGCUCAUUGUUAUUUUUUUUUUUCAUUUUUUUGUUUAUUUAUACUCAUUUUAAACUUGGAAAUUUUUUUCACAGAAAAGUUU